CACGAUCACCACCACUACCACUGCUGCCGUCAGCAGCACGAGAAGCUGCCAUAGCAAUACUGAUGGCUGAUGGAGUUGGAGCUAUCAGUAUUUCUGCCUCUAGUCUCCUACCAUUCCACACUUGAGACCUGCUUUAAGUCUUUGACUCACAACACACACACACACACAGCAUACACACCACAUGCACACACACGGAUUCCUUCACACGUUGACCGCCUUUUCAUUGUACUCCAUUCACGGAGUACACACGCUUUAUUCUUAUAAAUAAUAAAUAUCUAACUUUAUCUCGUAUUCUACGAAACAUUUACGGAUUUUAUAAAGACACACACACGUGGAUUCUAUGACAAAUAUAUACCAAUAUACACACAAACACAUGUAUAUACACACACGUAUACAUAUAUAUAUACACAAGGAGGUGGAUCGUAGAAAACGGUCAGCAUUGGACUAUAAUCGCCAUAAAUGGUAACAAAGAUGAAAUCAGUUUUGUCAGCAGCAAAAAGUGAACAUAUGUGACAUAAAUUCAUCCACAACAAUAUCAACAUCAAGAAGACAUAUUUACAACACGAUGAGCCGAUUGGUUCCCAUUAACAGGCAUUAAAUUCACAGUAACCUCACAAACAUUUAAAUAACCGUUAUCAAGGUCACUCAUGUUCUUGUUGCCAACUAACAUUAAAGCAAUUAUGAAAGCUAAAAGAAUUACAGAAGACUUAUAUCUGUUGUCAUUUUAAAAGCAGGGAUGGAUCAUUGGCAGAUGUAUCUAAUUUGGUCAUAUUUUGGAUCUCAGUUUUCUCCGUUUCCUUCUAAAAUAUUUUGAUGUUUGUAUUGUCAGAGAAUAACAAGGAUCAAUGGAAGCUCCCGUGUUCUUUUUUUAAAACUCAGCUACAUUCUAUUCUGUUUUAUGAUGCAAUUAUUUAAAGGAAAGAUGUCAUUGGUGACCGACAUUGUGAGUAGCUAUACUAAUGGGCGCCAAACAUUAACACUCCCUUCAAAAGGGAAAACAAAAUCUAUUUCUAACUCCAUUUGCUAAAAUAAUGCAAAAAAUGUUUUGAUGUUUUUCAUAUAUAAAGAACUAAUAUAUAUUUAUACUCAUACAUUUGUAUAAUACAUAUAUAUACAUAUUACAUAUAUAUAUAUAUAUCUUAAUUUACAUACAUACAGCCAUAUAUAUAUGUGUAUUAUAUCGUACAGAUUCCUGUAUUCACAUGUAUUUUUACAAAACUGACUGUUUUAUGAAUUUGUCUCAAAUCUUUUCCCAAGACUGACCAGUUUAUGAGUCAAAAACUAAAAUUAUAACAAAAAAAAAAGACGAAAUAGAAAAUGAUUGUUUUAUACAUUUGAUAUAUUUUAAUUUGUAUUUUUUUUCAACAGAGCUGUAUAUUUGCUGGUUCAAAUAUAGUUUAUAUACAGUUAGAUAGCUGUAUAUAUAUAUUUUGAUAGAUUCUUUGGCAUUUCUUAUAUACAUUUUCAUUGAAAUAUCAAGAUAAAGUAUCACUGCUUCUCAAAAGUGGGUGAUUGUAUUAAAUAACCUUUUAUCCUGUCUAUAAACCCCCUGACAUCUAUUUUCUUAUCUGUCUAUCCAUUAUCUGACAAAAUGACUAGUCCAGCCCCAGAAACCAUUCCUGUUGAGCCAAAAUCUCCAGCCAGGUCCAGAACUGAGAGUCUGAACAUUUCUUCAAGUGUUGGCAACCUCAGAUUCAUCAAUGAUGAACUACGAUCGCAUGUCACCAAGUUGCGUAACCAGCUAGAAGCGGAGAAGGGCAACCUGAAGCAAGCCCACCGGCAGAAAGUUCUUGACAUUAAGAAUGUACGGGAACAGGAACAGAAGAAGGCAUUGGCAACGAUCAUAGAACUGAAGAAGAAAUUCCACGAAGAGAAAAUCAAAGAGAUAGAAAGUUUACGCGAGACAAUUAGCCAGAAACUAGAGUUGGAGAAAAACAAAUGCCUGAAAGUGAAAGACACAGAAAUGACAAAACUACGACAGGAACUGGACGUGAAGGAGAAGAUGUUGAACAAGCUGUUGUCUCAGACCAACCAGAAGACGAAUAACGAUCCGAUUAAUGUAAAGCUCUUGGAUGAACUUAGUGAAUUAAGGAGUACGAAACGACAGCUGGAAGAGUCCCUGUCGCAGGCAACAGUCAUUGAGAAGCACCACAGUGAAAAUCUGAAGAAACUGUGCAGCAGUUAUGAAUCGGAACUGGUAAGGGUUCGAAGAGAAGCCCACAUGGAGAUACGCCACAUGGUAAGUAAAAAUUUCUCAUGAUUUAUUUCAUGUCUUUCAAUGUUUUUGUCCAAGUUCAAAUCAUUUGAGCACUACAAAGUCUUUUCCAUACUAAGCAUCUCUGGAUCUCAUCAGUUGACCUAUAUAUAUAUAUAUAGCUUUAUCUGAGCCGUAAUUCUCUGUGCCAUGAGCCUUUUGACAUAUUCUUACUCAUUUUCUACGUAUUAUGUAUGAUGGCUGAGUUUGCUAAAUGUUCAGUAAGGUACCAUUCUUUACAUUUUCUUCAACCACACAAAAUUAUACAAGUUUGUGUAAUGUAGCACAUGCAAUUAUUUACUUGUGGUUCAAAGUGGAGUGCUAUUAUUAGUAUUGCUAUGUCUAAACAAAAUCACAUCAUGUGUGUGUGUGUGUGUGUUUACAAACUUGUUAUCAAUUCAAAUAUGCUUCAGGCAUAUUUGAACCCAUAGGAAAACCGUUCAAUGUAUUUUGUGAUGGAGAAAAUUUCUUGCUGUAGACAAAUAGGGGUUAACUACAGUGAGUCACUUCAGAAUGGCCCCUGACCAGACUGUGGGAUUCACGCAUUCCACAGGUCAUCUCCUCUUCAGCCACAGAGCCCGGAAAGACAAACGCUGCAAACUGACAUGAGAGACAGGCUCCUCUUAUGAUAUUCCUGUUCAAUGACUGGCUGCACCAUUCAGUGGCUCACUGUAAAU